AGGGUGUGUCAGCCACCAUCAUUGAGCGUGAAAACAGAGCAGAUGUGUAGCAAAAUUAGCAGAGAAACCGUCUCUUUCUUGACAGCAGAAAAUCUAUAUUAAUUUCGGCACGUACAUGAAUUGUAAUGUCUGCAACUGACUGGUACGCGCACAAAUCUCUUGGAGACGGCAUUUACUGGAUCCAAGAGAGGUUUUACCAAUCGGAUAACCGGGCGAACAUUUGGCUUCUCCGUGGAUCACACCAGGACGUUGUCAUAGACACAGGCUUGGGCUUGAGAAGCUUACCUGACUACAUCAACGGUAAAGGACUGCUCGGGGACGACACCCAGCAAAAGAACCCUCUUUUGGCUAUCGCCACCCACGCCCACUUCGACCACUCCGGUGGUCUCCACCAGUUCCAACAGGUGGGCGUUCACAGCGCAGAGGUCGAUGCCCUGGCCAACGGGGAUAACUUCGAAACGGUGACCUGGCUGUCCGACAGGGAGAUAGUCGAGGCUCCCACGCCGGGUUGGAGGGCUAGGCAGUACAAAGUCAAGGCUGUCCAGCCGACACAUAUACUCCAAGAAGGUGACGUCAUCAACCUGGGCGACCGCCAGCUGACGGUGCUGCACAUGCCCGGCCACUCCCGCGGCAGCAUCUGCCUGCACGACCGCGACAACAAGCUGCUGUUCAGCGGCGACGUGGCCUACGACGGCGCCAUGAUCGACUGGCUGCCCUACAGCCGCGUCAGCGACUACGUGGGCAGCUGCGAGAGGCUGGUGGGCCUGGUGGACAGCGAGCAGGUGGACCAGGUGCUGCCGGGCCACUACAACACCUUCGGGGGCAAGCGUCUCCACCGCAUCGCGGCGGGCUACAUCGACAGGGCGGGCACGUGCCCCGCGCGCUUCUCCACCUUCGCGUGGAGGACCCUGGCCGGCAUGGCGCUGAGGGCGUCCAACCCCCGCAGGGUCUGCUAGCUAGGGGAGGGAGGGAGCACAAACACACACAUUCGGUGUCAUGAGAGAAGUAUAGGAUGUGUAUGUAUGAUGUCGCGAUGUUGAGUCCGUCAGUGGUGGUGCGAGGAGAGGGGGGAGGGGGGGGCUCUGAGGCGAGCAGGAUUUCCGUUGGCUGUCGGGUCAAACGGGCGAGCCAUUCCAAAUGCGUUUGGUGCCAUUUUAAAACGCCUUCGUUUUUCCGUUGGGGUGAAUCAGUCAGCGAUUUGACGACGUUUGGAGAUCUUGACUGUAAAAUGCUUGUUUAGUUUUUUUAUACGGGUAGUGUGAUAAACCAAUGGCACAUCACUGGUGUAAUGUGCUCAAAUAUAUAGGGUGAUGUUUGGUGUGUUUGCUCGGACAUUGUUAAAGGCACUUUGACGUUUUUAGGAAUGCUACACCGACUUAUACAGGGUUUCGUGCACAAUGUCUUCAGAGGAUAUGAAUUACAGUGCUUUGUUCCCUUGAUUCUUGUGAGGCCUUGAAGCCACCAUGUUGACAAUAAACUGCCAACUCCAUCCCCCUC